AUGGAUUACAGCGCCCACGACCCGGACCACCCCGGCGGCCGUGACCCAUGGGCAUCUUCGCCUCAGGCCAACCGAACGUCCUUUGGCCAACCAUCAGCCAGCGAUAUCCCCUCAUCCCCGCUGCCUCCGCAGGCUUCCCCGUACCAUGAAGGUGGUGAACAGUAUGGCUAUAUGGGCGACCAAGAUGCGCAAAGUCGGCCAGGCACAGCGCCAGAGAACGGCGACCAUCUACAGCAGCCUCAGCAGCCGGGUCAGGAUGCGCCGAGGUCACCACAUGCACAGCAAGGUCAGCAACAGCCGCAGAGGUACCACGGAAAUAGGCCACAGCGACAGCAGCAACACUACAAGCUUCAGGCCAAGGUCACGGGACUCGAGAGGAAUAGCAAGAAGGACCCCAUACUGCGGUUCGAUGUUUACGUACGUCUAGAUGACAUCGAUAUACCCGGGCUAGGGUUGCGCGACAUAGUGGACAUGGAGGGAUGGAUCAAGACGAACCUACCCAAGUUUCGAACGACCCAAUUCCGCGAUGUCCGGCGUCUACAUUCCGAAUUCAUAAAGCUAGGCGAACACCUCAUCUCAGCCUGUCCCGAAGCCAUCGUGCCUGCAGUACCGCCAGCGACCACCUCGGCCGGCGCAGGCACUGACGAAGAUGAGGCACGCUUAAAGACGUCGCUACAGCGGUGGUUGAACAUUGUGUGUAGCAAUGACAUCCUGAUACGCGACGAAGAAAUGGUCUUCUUCGUCGAGAGCGAUUUCGGAUACAGUCCUGUCGUACGGAGGAAACAACCCGCCACUGGUGUGCGCCGUAAGAUGAUCAAGCAAUUUGCGCCGCCGCCAGAUGACACCCCAGAACUUGCUGCAGCACGACCAAUUGUGAAAGCUUUCUACCUGGGUACAAUGGAGGCUGAGCAGAAGCUGGAGAAGGUUGUAAAGCACAGGAGAAAUCUGGGUGUCGCAGAAUCCGACCUCGGUGCCAAGUUCGCGGCGCUACACGUCCAGGAGACGCACGUUGGUCUCUCACAUGCAUACAAGAAGCUUGGAAAAGUCAUUCAGGCCACCGGCGAUUACCACGCAGCUCAGGGUACUGCUGAAGCUACAACUCUUGGUGACCCUCUGCAGUACCAUAGCAGCGACGCCUUCAUCGCGAAGGAAACCCUCACGAAUCGACAUAUCCUUUUACGCGAGCUGCUCCAGGCACAGUCCGCGACAAAGUCCAAACUGUCUGCGGCUGACAGGUUGAAAGCCAGCUCUAGUGUGAAACGGGACAAAGUCGAUGAGGCUAUCGCAGCUCUAGAUGAAGCACGAAGUCACGAACAGUACCUCACGACGAAAGCUCAGCGCGUUACCGCCAACCUCCUCCAAGAGCAGCGUAAGUGGUUCAACAGAACCACACAAGACAUGAGACAGGCAAUUCGCGAAUACGUCGUACGAGAGAUUGAGGCUGAGCGCCGUACGCUUGCCACAUUAGAAUCUGUACGGCCAGACAUUCGAGCUAUCGAUGGUAGUGGUGGCCUUUCUCGACUAGGACGCGAAGCACACCCAGCUCAACGUCGUGUUUCCAUGGCCAGUUCGCAAGGUCCCAAGGGCGAUGCAUGGUCUGGCGUACCACGACGACCAGGUGAUGGCCUCAACCGUAGCAUGAGUGGCAGCAUCGUUGCUCCGUUACCCGAGGUCGAUGAGAAUGCGGAAGAGUCAGUGGGCGGCAGGAAGCGUGCGACAAGCAAAGCAGGCAGCCAGAAGGGGCUCGAAGAAGAUGACGAUCGCAUCGACGCAAAGAACGCUGCAAGUAGAUUGGCCACUACGACGUUCUAG